GGCGGCGUGCAGGGCUCGCCCCGCCGGCCGGCCGGAGCGACGACGACGGUUUCGCGCGUGGUGGGAGCCGUCAGCCCGGGUCGAGGCCGCGGUGUUGGCCACCCGGCGCCGUUCCCGGUCACGCCGCCCAACCCGGCUGUGCACACGGGUCAGCUGCUGCCGCCGCCGCCCCGGCUCAAGGUCACCAGGCGCGCUAACGGCAUCGUGCUGUCCUGGACGAUGGACCUGACGCCGCGGCACGCCGGGGUGGUCAGCUACCACCUGUUCGCGUACCAGCAGGCGGGGCCCGUCAACCCGCGCGCGAACCCCUGGAAGAAGGUCGGCGACGUCAAGGCGCUGCCGCUGCCCAUGGCCUGCACACUCACACAGUUCCAGGAGGGGCACAAGUACCACUUCGCCGUACGCGCCGAGGACAGCUUCCGUCGGCGCGGCCCGUUCUCGAACCCGAGCUCGAUCGAGCUGCUGGGCCCCUCCUAGCUUCCGGCCGGCGGGGCGCCCUCGGCCGCCGGCCGCGUCCCACUGCCAGCAGCGCAGCGGCGGCGGCGACGGCGGCGAGCCCGUUUUACCGGCGGCGGCGCGCGUCCCGACGUCGCCGCCGCCGCCGCUAGUGUACAUUGUGACUCCGCUCCGUGUCUUUGAGUAAUGUUAGAUGUGGUAAUAAAGAGAUCG